GGCCGCCCGGCGCAGGCCGUGCCUCGCGCGCCUCUCGCGCGCCGUGCCCGGGCUCGCCCUCCGAGGCAGCCACGACGCCGGAGCUCCGGGCGCCGCCCGGCGGCGCCUGUCGGCGGCCGAGGCGCUCGCGAGGACGCCCCCUGCACCUUCUCGCCGUCGCCCUGGCACGCCCAGCGGCGCGUGACGCUCCUGCGCCGCAGCCGCGCGCCCAAGCCGCGGCGGCCGGGGCCGGCCCCGCACAAGUCCUGGACCAGCUCGUGCUGGAUAACGACGAGGUGCUGUCCGAGCUGGGGUGCAAUGCCUCGUCGCCCGCGGCCGCUUGCUGCUGCUGCUGCUGCUGCUGCAGCAGCUGCUGCUCGUGUGGCCACUGGGCCAAUCGAGCCGCAGGGAGGUCAUGGCCGCCCGGGCGGGCCGCGGGCCGAGGGGAGGAGGAGGAGGAGGAGGAGGAGGGGGAAGAAGGGGAAGGGCGUCGGCUCCGAGGGGGCGCCUGUUCGCACCGCGCUCGAGCGCUCGAGGUGCAGCGAUACAGAGAGGGAGAGGCUGCGGAAGCGCCCGAGCGCGGCAUCAUGGCAAGAAAACGGCGGGCGUCAUGCCUGGGGCCGCGGGGGGGAGGAGAGGGCCCUGACAUCGACCCGUGACGCCAGCGUGGCCCGUUAGGCGGGGCAGCGCGCCAGCGGCCCACGCCACGCCUCGCAGAGCCUCCCCGCCCGCUAGGACGACGGGCCCUCGCUGCAGCCGGCGGCGAGCGAGGCGGGGGGAAGUGAGGAGGAGCAGG